AUGGGAAACAGUAUCUUUGCAAAUUGCUGCAGACACGUCACUGAUCUCAUCUUCCAGACACACAGCUUUAAUUCGGCUGAGAGGGCCCCUCUCUUACCCAAAUCUCCCGCUAGUUGCACUGCAUCUCCUGAUGUCUCCCUCCCUGUUCAAAUGAAGUUAGGUGUCUCGGAAGCUUGCAAGUGCGUGCUGCUGUAUCCGGACAUUAUUCUCAGCAAUGCAUCGAAUGAAAGUCUGCAAAAAUGGCCAGAACAUGUUCAAGGCUUACCCCAGGAGAAGGGCAGUGAAGAAAUGAUGAAGGCCUGUGAAAACAGCUGCUCGAAACUCAGCAUUGCUGUUGCUGGCUUAAUAAAGCAGGCAGAGGCAUCUUCUGCUCUGGCUGUCCUUCCUGGUGACCUUGAGAAAGGAUCAGCUACACAGUUAAAUCAUUCUCAGUCACUUGAGGCCUGCCAGAAUUGCGGGACACUUGAGGCCAAUGGCCUAGACUCUGAAUCGUGCAACCAGGAAGAGCCUGUGGUACCAGCUGACACACGAGCUGCAGCCCACAGAAUGCCUAUUGUUGAUUGGCAGCAAAACCGGGACCUCUCUAAGAGGGGAAAAGCCUCCAAUUUGGAACCAUCGUUAGCAGAUCCGGGUGCCCAGUUAAAACACAAAACUAAUGCUUCUAACUUGGGGAGCUGUGAACCGGCUGAAACGCCUGACUCUAACCACUCUGUAGAGGCAGAGAAAAGCCAGAAUAUCCAAGCGAUGGUCUUGUCUGUCAUUACGGAUGAGAAUACACAUAUGAUCCAGGAUAAAAGCACUUGUUACUUACUGACCAAUCCUGCAAUUGGCCUAGAUGGCGAGUUAAACCUUGAUCCUGAUCGUGAAGUGAGCAUCCUGCCAUCAAAGCAGAAGAAAAGGCGGAGGAAAAGGAAGCUUUGUUUUUUAGAACACCCGUCUGGCAUGGCUUUAAUGAACGGGGACGGCUCUUACGAGCACCUCAAGGAGGAGAGCAGGCAGAACGGCCACGAGGAGGUUGACCCAGGGGAUGAUGCGAACGACCAGGAAGUUAUCGUCAUACAGGACACCGGCUUCACCGUCAAGAUUUACGCUCCAGGAAUAGAACCUUUUUCCCUGCAGGUCUCUCCCCAAGAGAUGGUGCAGGAGAUCCACCAAGUGCUGAUGGACAGAGAGGACACCUGCCACCGAACCUGCUUCUCUCUGCAGCUGGAUGGGAACGUCCUGGAUAACUUUGCGGAGCUGAAAACCAUUGAAGGGCUGCAGGAGGGGUCGGUGCUGAAAGUGGUUGAAGAGCCCUACACGGUACGGGAAGCCAGGAUACACGUGCGUCACAUUCGGGACCUUCUGAAGAGCCUUGACCCGUCCGAUGCUUUCAAUGGCGUGGACUGCAAUUCGCUCUCAUUCCUGAGCAUCUUCACGGAAGGAGACCUAGGAGACAGUGGGAAACGGAAGAAGAAAGGUACUGAAAUGGAACAAAUUGACUGCACCCCUCCUGAACAUAUCCUGCCAGGUGGCAAAGAGAGACCCCUCUGUGCCCUCCAGCCCCAGAACAGAGACUGGAAGCCUUUGCAGUGCCUAAAAGUCUUGACCAUGAGCGGCUGGAACCCCCCACCUGGCAACCGGAAAAUGCACGGAGACCUCAUGUAUCUGUACAUCAUCACUGUGGAGGAUCGACACGUUAGUAUCACUGCGUCCACCAGAGGAUUUUACCUGAAUCAGUCGACAGCAUAUAACUUUAAUCCUAAACCUGCCAAUCCGAGUUUUCUCAGUCAUUCCCUGGUGGAACUUCUUAACCAGAUCAGCCCGACCUUCAAAAGAAAUUUCUCAGCUCUGCAGAAGAAACGGGUUCAGAGGCAUCCCUUUGAAAGGAUAGCCACCCCCUUCCAGGUAUACAGUUGGACGGCACCGCAGGCAGAGCACGCCAUGGACUGUGUGAGGGCGGAAGAUGCUUAUACUUCAAGGCUGGGCUAUGAAGAGCACAUACCUGGACAGACCCGAGACUGGAACGAGGAGUUGCAAACCACACGAGAGCUACCCCGCAAGAAUCUGCCAGAGAGGCUGCUGAGAGAACGAGCCAUUUUCAAGGUCCACAGCGACUUCACGGCGGCCGCUACCAGAGGAGCCAUGGCCGUCAUCGACGGCAACGUCAUGGCCAUCAAUCCCAGCGAGGAGACCAAGAUGCAGAUGUUCAUCUGGAACAACAUUUUCUUCAGCCUGGGCUUCGACGUCCGCGACCACUACAAGGACUUCGGGGGGGACGUCGCCGCCUACGUGGCGCCCACCAACGACCUCAACGGGGUGCGGACCUAUAACGCGGUGGACGUUGAGGGGCUGUACACGUUGGGGACCGUGGUGGUGGAUUACCGGGGUUACCGGGUCACGGCACAGUCCAUCAUUCCAGGGAUCUUGGAACGAGAGCAGGAGCAGAGCGUCAUCUACGGGUCGAUAGACUUCGGCAAGACCGUCGUCUCUCACCCCAAGUACCUGGAGCUGCUGGAGAAGACCAGCCGGCCCCUCAAGAUCCAGAAGCACAAAGUUCUGAAUGACAAGAACGAGGAGGUAGAGCUGUGCUCCUCCGUGGAGUGCAAAGGCAUCAUUGGCAACGAUGGACGCCACUAUAUCCUCGACCUGCUCCGCACCUUCCCCCCCGACCUGAACUUUUUGCCCGUCGAAGGGGAGGAGAUGCCGGAAGAAUGUAAGAAAAUGGGAUUUCCCAAGCAGCACAGGCACAAGCUUUGCUGUCUCAGGCAGGAGCUGGUGGACGCCUUUGUAGAGCACAGAUAUCUCUUGUUCAUGAAGCUGGCUGCUCUGCAGCUGAUGCAGCAGAAGGCCAACAAGCUGGAGAACUCGGGCUCGCUGGAAAAUGGGGUCUCCACAGAGAAUGGAACGGGGGGAAGCGAGAAAUCGGAAUCCGAUGAUGGUAAAAUAGAGGAGAACGUGACUGGAUUAGAUCAGGUUAAAGACCUGGCAGAGACCAUUGCAUCUGAUGACGGAACAGUGGAUCCCAAAAGCAAAGAGGUGAUUCAAAAUGCCUGCAAAGCCGUGGGCUCCAUCAGCGACACGUCCUUUGACAUUCGGUUUAACCCAGAUAUCUUCUCACCAGGUGUUCGUUUCCCUGAGUCCAGCAAAGAGGAAAUGCAGGAUCAGAAGCAGUUAUUAAAGGAUGCCGCUGCUUUCUUACUGUCAUGCCAAAUCCCAGGCUUGGUGAAAGACUGCCUUGACCACACCGUGCUCCCGAUGGACGGCGCUACGUUAGCAGAGGCCAUGCACCAGAGGGGCAUCAACAUGCGCUACCUAGGCAAAGUCGUCGACUUCAUCGCCAAGACCCCCGCCCGCCCACAGCUGGAUCACGUCUACAAAAUUGGAAUCAGCGAAUUGAUCACUCGAUCAGCCAAACACAUCUUCAAGACAUACCUUCAGGGCGUGGAGUUGUCUGGCUUAUCGGCAGCCAUCAGUCACUUCCUCAAUUGCUUCCUAAGCUCCUUCCUGAAUCCAGUUGCCCAUCUCCCUGCUGAUGAGCUGGUCUCUAAGAAGAAGAAUAAGAAAAGGAAAAACAGGAACCUUGGAAAUGCUGAUAACACUGCCUGGGCCAGCAUGACCCCUCAGGAGCUUUGGAAGAAUAUCUGUUCUGAGGCAAAGAACUACUUUGAUUUUCAUCUUGAAUGUGAGAAUGUUGACCAAGCAGCGGAGGUGUGUAACCUCCAGAAAAUCACCCUCCUACGUGAGAUCUCCCUCAAAACUGGAAUCCAGAUCCUGUUGAAAGAGUAUAACUUUGAUAACCGGCACAAACCCACCUUCACAGAGGAGGAUAUUCUCAACAUCUUCCCGGUCGUGAAGCACGUAAACCCCAAAGCUUCGGAUGCUUUCCACUUCUUCCAGAGUGGGCAAGCAAAGGUCCAGCAAGGUUUCUUGAAGGAGGGCUGUGAGCUCAUCAAUGAAGCCUUAAACUUGUUUAACAAUGUGUACGGUGCUAUGCACGUGGAAAUCUGUGCCUGCCUUCGGCUGCUGGCUCGCCUCAACUAUAUCAUGGGAGACUACUCAGAGGCCUUAAGUAAUCAACAGAAAGCGGUGCUAAUGAGCGAGAGGGUCCUGGGCAUUGAGCAUCCCAACACAAUCCAAGAAUACAUGCACCUUGCUUUGUAUUGCUUUGCCAACAGCCAACUCUCCACAGCAUUAAACUUGCUGUACCGCGCACGCUACCUCAUGCUGUUGGUAUUUGGAGAAGACCACCCAGAAAUGGCACUCUUAGACAACAACAUUGGUUUGGUGCUUCACGGGGUUAUGGAAUACGACCUGUCCCUCCGAUUCCUGGAGAAUGCUCUGACUAUCAACUCCAAGUAUCACGGCUCCAAGUCUCUGAAGGUUGCACUGAGCCAUCACUUGGUAGCCCGAGUGUACGAGAGUAAAGCAGAAUUCCGAUCAGCUCUACAGCAUGAAAAGGAAGGCUACACAAUCUACAAAAAUCAGCUUGGAGAACACCACGAAAAGACCAAAGAAAGCUCUGAGUACUUGAAAUACCUGACUCAGCAGGCAGUGGCUCUUCAACGCACAAUGAAUGAGAUCUACAAGAAUGGAUCCAAUGCUAACAUUAUGCCACUUAAGUUCACCGCUCCCAGUAUGGCGAGUGUGCUGGAGCAGCUCAACAUUAUCAAUGGAAUUCUCUUCAUUCCACUCAGCCAAAAGGACUUAGAGAACCUUAAAGCAGAGGUGCAGCGACGCCAGCAGCUCCAAGAGGCCGUGAAGAGCAGCGAACAGCUGGAAGCAGAAGACGCGGUCUCCGAGGAGAGAGAGGCUGAGCUAAGCAUGCCUUCUGCUGAGAUCCCCCCAGCACAGAGCUCUGCUUAAAGUGUACCUCGCUUUAAAAAAAAAUUAAACCCUCCCCUUUUUCUGAAUCUGAACCAGGGUCUUGGACUCCCCUGGGGCAGCUUCUCCUUUUUUUUUGACAAUGUUAUUGCACUGGUACAAUUAAUACACAAUGCAAAGAACUAAGUUGAGAACUAGAAUCUGACUGCGCUCGUGUCCGCCACGCGAAGGGGGAAAGGUGGCCAGGAUGCAGCAGCAUGCGAAAGAACAUCCUAGGUGAGCACAGCCAGUGGCUGUCACGGCCGGGGGUGCGUGUGUGUGUUUGUGUGUGUGUGCCACGCGUGCGUGUGUGUGUCAUCAGUCCAUUUCGACUUUGUACAUAUAUCUGAAUUCCAAAUGAAUGGUCUGGAGGUAGGACAUUUCUCAGGUCAUUUUAUGUUGACUAAGGGACACUGUUUUGCAAGAACACCCAUCCUCGUGCUCAGUUCUAGCUCGAAACCUGGAUAACGAUACCGUUUUAUUAGUUGCUGCUCUAAGGGGGGGGGGGGGGGGAGCAGCAGCCAUAUUGGUUUGUUUAACUGUUUGAAACCUGUGAAGAGUGAGGGGAAAGGUACUGCUUUUUGCUACAUUAGGAUAUAGCCAUUUGGGUCCUGUAGCCUCUCUUUUGUUGUUCAGGUCCGAGUGGCCAUGGGAUUUUCAUACCGUUUACAUUCUGAUUUCAUGAUCCAUAGGUCAUUGUGCAGCCCCUGUGCUCUCUGCUUGACCCUGAGUAACUUAGGAAAUUGCAUCCAAAGAGUAAGGGUUUAAAAUAAAAUUUAAAAAAAAAGUACCUGUCAUUUAAUCCAUUUACAAUGGAAAAUCCCAGUGCCUCUCCUAGAUCAGUGUUCGCAUUAAAGUGGACUGUACAAAUGAAAUUCACAGAAGGGUUAAACCUGGCCUCUGUUGGAAUAGCUUGGGGGAGGGGAGUUUGCCCUUCUUCCAGCAGCCGCUUUAAUACAAAGCUGAAUGAGCAUCAGAAGUUAAUCAUCUUUUAAUUGUAAGGUAAUCGGCAAACUUCUACAGGUUUGAAUCAUGUGUCUUGACACAACUUAAAAUUACUAGGCAUUUUUCCCUUUGGCUGAAAGAAUAUUAAAAAUCCCAUAGCACUUAACGCUAGGGAUAAUGUCUUGUUUUGGGUUUGGGGUUUUUUUUGCAUGCUGGGUUGAGAUCGCUCCCAGCAGAACUUCCAUUGCAGGCAAUGGAUGUUACUGACAUGGCAGAUGCCAAUGAAUGAACAAUAUUGACUUUUCCUUCUCGCUUCUGCCUGCCCCCCUUAAAUACAGCAUGCUUCCUGCCGGUGCAGUCCCAAGGCAAAUACCUGCUGCAGGUCAUGGUAUGCCGACAGAGUUGAAUGUCCUUUUCCAAGUAAAUGAAGACCUACAGUGAGAUAUGAUUGCUAGUCCAAAACCAUAUUGUGCUGUCCAAGGAGUCCGGUCUCUUUGUCAGCAACAGUACUAUGCUAAUUUGCAUUGCUUUUUUGAUGACCUUCUGGGAAACCAACUGCUAUCACUGUGCUCUUUACCCUUGGUUUCUUGUACUGCAUACUGGGGAUUUGUAACUUUGGGGUGGAGGGGGAGGUAAUGUACAAAGCAGGAGGCAUCUCUGAUCCAAAAGAACUUGCUCUCCCUGAAAAACAUUCAAUAAAUGACUACAACGCAUCUUUCACACAAGGGUUUUUUGGUAAUGUCUUCCAGCCCUAGUCCAUUAAUUAAAUCUCUUUUAAAUAAAAUAAAAAUGUGCAAAGUA